AAUCGUGUCCCGCUACCGACAUUUCAGUUGUGGUGAAGAGCAGUGAAACAGCGUAUUUUGUUGCUUAGUGAAACUACUGUUUGUGCUGGUAUAAAUCUAUAAAUUUUUGCACGAAAAUGGAUGACACAGAGGAACAGCUUGCCGAGGAAAUGAAAACCAAAAGGAUUUGUAGAUUUUGUUUGACACAGGAGGAGCCGAUGAGUGACAUAUUUUCGACAGAAGCUGCAGCAAACAACUACAACUGGAGAACGAAACCAACUCCUUUAACGCUUCAGAUAAUGGCCUGUGUUUCGAUUGAGGUUUAUAAGGACGAUGGAAUGCCAAGCACAAUAUGCAACAACUGUCGCCUGCUCAUGGACCAUUCUUAUCACUUCAAGCAAAUAUGUAAGAAGGCCGAUACGUUGCUUAAAACGUAUCCGUUAACUGGCGUUUGGCCAGAGAAGCUAGCAGUCUCGAUUAAUCUUUUUAAGAGCUCUCAGCCCCUGACAACCAACGAAGACACGCAGCCCCGUAAAAUAAAUCAAUUGAAGCGACGCCAUUCGACUUAUCAACCACCGAUUCAAGAAUCAAAACCGAUAACAGUAGCACAGGUUAAACCGUCUAUGAAACGUCAACCUAAGGAGGAAUAUUUGGAAAAUGAGCAAGAAACGGUUGAAGAAGUCGAAGUUAAACCGAAAAUCGUAAAACUGAGUAUUGAAGAUUUGAGAAAUAUCAAACAGGGGAAACCGAUAGAAAAAACCAGAAAUCUUUACCAGAAAGCUGGACCAACACCUAAAAAGUCUCCGGUGAAAGUAAUUAAUGGUAAUUUGGGUGCGGCUGCCAAGAAACCGAUUUUAUUGAACACUAUGCUAUCUAGCAAAAAAACGGAGGAACACGUGGUCCAAGUUGCUGAUGGACGACUAGAAAUUGUUUCGAUGGAAGCGUCUGAAACCGAUCCGGUCAAGGUUGCGGAGCCGGUAGCGACCCAUGUUUUCCCAUGUAAUGAGUGCGAUCGGUCCUUUCCUUUGAGGCAACUAUUGGAAAUACACAAGAGCAAUCAUAAUCGAGAACGGAAUCAUCCGUGCGAGCUGUGCGAUAAACGAUUUUUCAGUAAAUAUGAUUUGGCGAAGCAUAACAUGACUCACACUGGGGAGCGACCGUUUGUAUGUGUAAUUUGUAAAUCUGCUUUUCCACGUGCUACGCUUCUAACAAGACACCAGAAGAUUCAUAAGGAUCAACCAAAGUUUGUUUGUAUGUACUGUCAGCGUUCAUUUUUCUCGGACGAAGAAUUACAGAAACACACCGAAACGCAUCAGAAACGUCGACCUUUUCAUUGCAAGAAAUGCCCAAAAAGUUUUGCUUACAAGCAGGGACUCGAGCGGCAUGAAAUAACUCAUGACUCUAAUCUGCCAUAUCCAUGUGAACAUUGCGAUGUAUCAUUCCCUACUGCUGCUAAAUUGGCGCGACAUCUUACCGCUCAUGCAGGAGGUCGACCAUAUCCUUGUCGCAUGUGUUCAAAAUCAUACAUGCUCUCCCAUCAUCUUACCAGACAUGUUCGGACUCAUCAAGCUGGUAAAGGUGUGUACAAAUGCAGCGACUGUCUCAAAAACUUCAAUAGUGUGGAUGAUUUGGUGUACCACUCAGCGGUACACGCGACCACUAGUCUUAACUGUCCGCUUUGUCAAGAACAUUUCGAAACUGUUGAUCUGGUCACUGCCCACAUCAAACUCCACUCCGAAGGAGAACAGCACGCAUGUGACUAUUGCGAUUUACUUUUUCUCGAUGCGAAGCGCUUGGAAGAACAUUGUCAAAUGAAUCAUCUCUCUGUGUUAGCUACAGAUCGGCUGGAGAAUGAUUCGGACUUGAAUGCCUCCAGUACGGAUGAUGCUGCACUCGAGACACCUGAACAACUAAUCAUUGAGAAGAUCGUCAUCGGUAGGGAUGGUAGCAAAACAAUAACAACGUUCGUGGAUGGUGAACAGAAAGACGAGAAGGUGGUUUUGAAGCCGGGAAAAACUUCUCGAACCGCGAAAGCUGGAGAAUCCUACUCAGGAAAGCAAGCCACAAAUGAACAUACAGUCAAACAUGAAAUUUUCUUCGACAGCGAAGACCUGCCAGUAGCAGAAGAAGAAUAUGUGGAGCUUACAGAUAAUGAGGUACAACUAGAACCACAAGAAAUUUAUUACGAAGAGCAUGUCUUACCAGAAAUCAAGCCGGAACAUUCUAUUCAAACUCAAAUAAAAAGCAAUGCUACAGAAAGCCGCUCAAAGCCGCAAGCGGCUACCAGCGAACGAAAAAAUGUGUCCCCGACGAAGAAUACACCAUUGAAAACUGUUCCGGAAACUAAUUUCAUCAAACCCAGCGUUCAGAAAAAAAUGGACAGCUUUUUCAAAAAAGCUCCAUCUAAAUCACCACCUGAGAAAACGGAUCGAAAAAGUAUUGGUGAUGUUUUAAAAAAUCUACCCAAAGGAAUGACAGUUAAGCGACCGACCCAAACUAUAGAACAGAAAGAACCUGUGAAACCUGUCAUUUCCAGAGCGUCAGCAACGCCGCUAAGAACAUUUGCAUCCAAAAAGAAAACUGAAAGCAAAGUGGCGCCUGUUGUGGAGCUAGCACCUGCUAAACGAUCAUCCGUUAGACAACAGAACGAAAAACAAUCUCCCGACACUGGUAAUGUAAAAACUGGAGUUAAACGGCCCCUCGAGAAUGAAAGAUCUCCGCCUAGUGCUAAGCGCAUGGCUUUUGAAACUCCUGUGAAAUCGAUUGCUUCUGCUACUAAGCCCAGUAAUGUUCACUCAAUUGCCAAGCCAUCACCCGGACUAAGCUCGGCAUCGAAGCGAAGCAAAACUUUUGAAAUGAAAAUUGGUGACAAGAUGGUCAAAGUUCAGAAAGUUAUAAUGACCAAAUCAGAAGUGGCUGCAAUGGCUCGGGAUGGGAAGAUCGAGAUGCAAGGAGAAACUAUGAUACUGAAAAAGUGAGUACCAAUGCAUUAAUCGUUUUUAAUAUCUAACUAUAUAUUCUUCUUUGUGCAUUUGUUGAAAUUGAUAAAAUAAAGUCAUGCGUUUUUACCUA